UGUUGUUUUGGUGUUCUCUUCGUCAUGGCGCGCGCAUUAUCGGGAGAGUGCGUUAUUAUUGUUAAACGUUUAAUAUUUUAUCGUUGCUUUUGAAUUUUUUACCACAGUACCCAAGUUUGUGUUUUAGUUUUCUAGAAAUUACAUACGUUAUUUUUUUUUAACGGAAUUCAAAUUUUAACCUACGCCGACACUACCUCUGGAACUUGCACCACGCGUUUCACAAAAUCGUUUUCAUACCGUUGUGCGUCCCUUGCGCCGCCGACAACAAAUAUCAAGCCCAAACUGAUCAACAUCUACACCGGACGUCGACGGCAAUACCUAUCCGAAGCUGUAGGGGCCGUCUACCGCUGGGAGGGGUUAUCGAAGUGGCCGUCAAGGCGUCACGCGUGUUGAAAGUACGCGCGCGAAAAUCCCCCCUUGUCGUUCUCAAACGUGGAGGCAAGCCUUCGUUAUAAUUUUUGCCCUCUCCGGCCUCCGCCAUGCUCCGCCACCACCGUAGUGGUUGCCUCCAAUCGAUACUGUGAUAGUAGAAUAAUAAAAAAAUUGCAAAACGUAAUUUUUCGAUUGUUUUUGUUGCACCACGUUAUUACUGAAAAAUAAUAUUGUGCCGUACACGCGAAUUGUUAUUGUUGUAUGCCAUUGAUCGGAGUCCACGCCAACAACAAACGAUCGUACGACGCGUCCAUGGUGUGACCACCAUAUCAGCCCAUUGAACCGGGCAGCUGUUUUCUUUCGACCAACAACGCCACCACAAUUGCACAAACAUGCACCACGCUGCCUCGAUGGUCUUGCAGGAGAACAAGAGAUCACUGUUCCUGGGAUCGUUUGUUCAAGUGGGAGCCGGUAUCGAGAGGUUGAUGAUCCAGAACAACGAGGGCGCCGGUGACGACGAGUCCAUGGAAAUCUUUGAUUUUGUGGGCAACCAGCAUGGGGAUCACGUGCCUAGUGAGACCGUGCGACAAAUGUACAACGCUUCCGCUGAAGAAAUAAGGAACACAACUCCAAAAUAUAUAUCAUGUUGUAUGAAAUCUGUGAUAAAGGAUCAUUUGGAAAUGAUUCCAGACAUACUUUCAGUGAUCAAAAAAAUGACAAAAGACGAAGACAAACUGAUGCGUUUCGAUACAAUCAGUACGGUUGGGUAUUUAUGCACAAUUUUUCACCAACACAACAAUCUAAAGUCUUACAUACAUUCAUCUUUACUGCCAGAAAUUAUUGGAUCAUUAUCAGACCCAGCUGAACAAGUAAUAAUGCGAGCUCAAAUGGUACUGACUUAUAUUAUAAGUAAAGGUGUAAUUGAUAACAAGACUGUACAAGAAACUGUUUGUCCGGCACUCAUUUUAGCUGCUAAUGCAACAGACGAUCUCCAUGUGCAAAAUAAUAUUGUCACGUUAGUAGGAAAACUUGUUCUCAAAGUUGAUGACAAUUUUGUGUGCAAAACCGUGUUGCCAUUUUUGAUCAAUAAAAGCCAAAGCGAUUGCAUAUAUGUGAGGUUAGCAGCUUUAUUAAGUUUUCCUGAGCUUGGUCAUGUACUAGAUAUUGAACAAAAAACCAAAGUUCUACUACCUCGUUACGUAGAAAUGUGUAAUGAUCGUGUUAGUACGAUUCGGAAGACAUGUGCUGAUAUUAUUACACCAUUAUCGGCAUGCUGUGAUGACUCCCUGAGACGAGGUCCUGUAACUGAUGCGGCUAGUCGUUUACUUAGCGAUAGCUGUAAAUUUGUACGUCUGACAGCAUUAGAAAAUUUAGGCCCGUUGAUCACUACCUAUGCGAAUCCUGCAGUCACUUCAUUAGUCACCACUCGUACUUAUAUCCUUAUGAUGGUCAGCAAUUUCACUGAUGAUUUACAUUACAUGACUAUGAAAUGUCAAACAAGUCAAGAAUAUUUUAAGGCAACUGAAUUACUUAUGGAUCGAGAAAAGCCUUGGUCUAAUGAAACAUCAAUGAAAAAUGAUAACAAAUUUUGGGUUGCGGACUAUAAUGUUAAGACUGAAUCAGAAGAAUUAUACAGCACUUUUGCCUAUUGGAGAGAGCCUAUCUGUGAUACAAAAUCAUCUUUUAAUUUUGAAAGCGAUUAUGACGAAAGAGAAAACGAUGGUGAUAGACAACUAACAAUGUUGCCAAAUAAAUUGUGGUAUGUGCCUAUGAAUAAUAACUCGACGAAUUUAAAUUGUACUGAAAUGAAAAAGUCUGAAUUUGAAGUAAAACCUGUCAAAGAAGUGGAAGACGAUGGCGAAAAUAAAUCAUCAGCUGAUCUUAUAGUUCCAUCUGUAUUAUUAGACCAUUACGCCGAUAUGGCUGGCGCCUUUGACGACAGCGAUCUUGCGUCACAAUGUGCUUGUAUGUUGCCUGCUGUACUCGUCACUAUUGGACCUUCUCACUGGCCAUUACUUAGACAUACUUACUAUGUUCUUGCUUCACAUAGAUCGUGGAAAGUUCGAAGAAAGGCUGCAUCUUAUAUUCACAAGUUGGCCAUUUUUAUUGGAGAAGAAGCUACAUCCAGAGAUCUUUUGCCAAUAUUCGAGUCUUUAGUUUUAGAUCUGGAUGAAGUUCGAUCUGGUGCCAUUGAUCAUUUUUCCGCUUUUCUUCGGAUGCUGUCUGUCAGUGUCCGUAGCGAUUUGGCUCCCAUGAUGUGCCGUUUUCUCAAAACUGAUUAUGAAUGGAAUUGGCGAUUCAGACAGAACUUUUGUGAACAAUUGGCUGAAUCUUUACAUUUAUUUACUCCGCUUGAUAUGUACCACCAUAUACAUGAAGUUUGUUUGUCUUUAUUGAUGGAUAGAAUUUCUUCUGUGCGCCAAUCUGCAUUAUCACUAGUUCCAGAACUUUUAGUAGUUCUUAAUAAAAAUCUUAGUCUCAAAAGACUGAUGCUCAAUGAAUUGGUAACUCGUUUCGGACGAGCGGACUUGUGGAGUCGUCGGCAAAUGUUUGCCCAGAUAUGCUCUUAUAUAUUAUCAUGCGGAGAACGAUGCUUAUCAGCUGGUGAUUUCUGCAAUGAGUUAUUACCGAGUUUAUUGAAUUUAGCUUCAGAUCGUGUUCCUAAUGUGAGGUUAAUGGUUGCCAAAACUUUAUAUUCUCAUGUAGCUAAUAACCCAAUUUUCAUGGAUUUGCAAAACCCUCAACAUGAUAUAUUGUCUGAAACUUUGAUACGUUUACGUAGAGAUGAAGAUAGAGAUGUGCGUUAUUUUGCCGAUAGCAGUCGAACACUUGGCAUAAGCGCUAGCUAAUUAUUUUUCAAACAAAGCAUAUAUAUAUAUUUUUUUAAUUUUAAGGUAAUGAUAUUUAACUAAUUUAGUCCAACAAUGGCUGUGCCAAUAAACUGCAUUUGGAGAAAACAGUUAUAUAAUUAUUAUAUUAUAUUGUAACAUUUUAUUAAUUAUUGUUAUUAUAUUGAUUUAUAUAUUUGAGUAAAUUUGUUUGGGUUUUCCUAAUAUUUUACCGUUUAUUACGCCUAGAUUGAAAAAAGAAGGAACUAUAUAAACAAAUUACUUAUAAACACACAUUUGUUUAAAAAGAUACAUAUUUUUAUACAACAUUUAUCAUAUUAUGGUCGAUUGAUUAUACACAAAGUUUACAAAUAUAAUAAUAAAAGUAUAUAUACAUAUAGUCGUUUUAAUAUGUAU